AUGGCUAUUUAUUAGAUUUUCCUCUAUGGCUUAGCCUAAAUUAAAUUUCUAGGCUUGUUAUUUGGACUAAUGCUAAUGCUUAGGAUUAGUGUUAAAGCUUAAGUUUGUAAAAAAUUGCUUUAAUAGCUCCCAACACCUAAAAGUUAUUAAGGGUAUUAGUGUAUAUUAGACUCAGAAAAUAAUAUCAUUGCUGAUUCUGUUAGUAAAAUAUACAUUACUAAUGACCAUUUCGAAUUGGUUGAAACACUAUUUACUUUAGAUGACUGCAACGAAUAAAGUUUGAAAAAUCCUAACCCUGAAAAAUCAUAUAAUGAUGUUAUAUUUGAUUUUAAUGGCAAAUCAGGAUAGAUGUUAGCUUAUGCUUAAAUAAGUUUCGAUAGUAAUUUCUACGUAUAAAAUGGAAACUAUCCUAGCGCAGUAGGUAUAGUAGUCAAACCUAAAAACGGAAAUUCAUACUUAAAUUAAGAAGAUCCAGUUAGUUAAUAAAAUUCUUAAUAGAAAUGCCUGAGCAAUUAUUAUAAGUAUUCUGAAAAUUAACUAAUUUCUUUCUCAACUGAUACUACAUACUUUCACUUUUAAACAUAUAUUCAUCCUGGUAGCCUUCCUGGUAUAGUAUCCAAUAUUUAAGUUAUGAUCUAUUUUAAAUGCCCAAUAGGUUGUUCACAAUGUACUAAUAGCGGAAUUUGUUCAGCUUGUAUAACAAACUAUACUCUAAAAAAUAAUUAUUGUUAUGUUAAUUGUAACUCAAAUUAAUAUGUAGCAAUUGAUAUUAAUUCUACUGAGUAAAAUUGCUAGUUAUGUGACCCAUCAUGUUUAACUUGUUUUGGUACCUCAGUUAAUUGUACUUCUUGCAUAAAUAACUAUUUUAUUAAUAGUAACUAGCAAUGCUAAUAAUGUGACUAAUCUUGUUCGAAUUGUACUGGUGACUCAAAAAGUUGCAUUGUGUGUGCUAACAGCUAUUAUCCACUUAUUACUGGAUAGUAGCAGAGUGUCUACUAAUGCUUUUAAACGUGCCCUAAUAAUUAUUUUUUAAAUAGUAAUUAGUGCUAAUAGUGUGAUUAGUCUUGCUAGACAUGCACUGGUAAUUCAUAAAACUGCACUUAAUGCUCAAAUGGAUAUUUUCCUUUAUAUUCUUCACCAACAGAUUAAACUUUUAGAUGCUAUUAAAUAUGUCCAAAUGGUUAUAACCUUAAAUAAAAUUAGUGCUAAAUAUGCCUUCAGUUAAGUUCUUAGGCUUGUUUAAACUGUGCUGCUACUUGCAGAUCUUGCUAAAAAGAUCAAACAAACAAUUGCUUGGAUUGUUAUUAAACAAUGAACUUAAAUGGGAGCACAUGUGUAUGUAAAAAUAACCAAGAUUAAAGAAAUAACUUUUACUAAUGCAGUUAUAAUAAUUAUGCUGUUGUUUAAGCAACUUUCGAUGGUAGCUCUCCUACUUUGAUACUCGAGUUUGGAUCACCUCUAAUUCUAAUUAACAAUUUAUCAUGCAAUUAAGUAUUUGAUUCAUCUACUUUAAACUUAUUAGGUUCAAAUUCAAUUUGCAAGAUUACCUCAACUUAAAUAAUAGUUACUCUUAGUAAUGAUGCUACAAUUAUGGCAAAUUCAACAAUUAGUUUUAAUACUUAAGCUAAUAUUCUUCAAUUCUAAGGAUAUUAAAAUCCAAUUGAUACUAUUUAUUUAACUUAAGUGGUAUAGCAGCUAGUAGCAUCUCCUUCAGUGAAUGUUUAAUAUAAUAAAAUUGUUAAUUCAUGUGAUGAUAUUUUAUUUGAGAUUUAAACCAUUUAAAAUGAUGCACAAAGAGGUUUCCUUUAGUUUUAGUGGAGUCUUACUCCAUCUUAGAACUUUGAUGAUUUAACUCUGAAAAAUUUAAACUCGUUAAUACAAACAGCUAAUGAUUAACAAAGCUAAACAUUAUUGAUAAGCAAAUAUACAAUACCUCCAGAUACUUCUAUUUCAAUUAACUUAUAAUACAUAUUGAAAGUUUAUUAGACUAACACAUUAACUUUUACAACAUUAAACUAAAAAAGUAAAUAAGUGAUUAUUUAAAGUAUCUAAAAUAAAUACCCUCCUAUAUACAGAUAUAUGGACCUUCAAUUUAUUUUUUCUUUUUUUGUGUAAAUAUGUGAUCAGUCAGGAGCUAGCAUUACUUAAGAACCUUUGAAUAUCCAAGUUAUCUCUAAUAAUAUGCCUUCUCUUAGUUAAACUUAAAAUAAAUUUAUAGGAUAGUAAAUAGAAGUAAAUGUUAAAUCUUAUUCAAUACCUUAAGGCACUAUAUUAGACAUUUAAGUUUAAGCUUUACUAGAUAGCAAUCAAUCUAUUAGCUCAUCUUAAAAUGUUUCAAUAACUCCUGAAUUAUCUAAUUUGUUUAUAGCUAUCACUAGUGGUUUAGAUGGGUUAGUGAAUUAUAAAAAAGAAUAUGUUAUAACAGGAUUAGCUAUAGAUUAUGAAGUUUAAGAUGUCACAUCACCAUAGGGAAUAUAAUUAACAUGGUAAUGCUAAAUUUUAGGAUAAUCUAAUGGAAAUUUAUAGUGUUAUGACUACUUAAAUUAAGUGUAUGUUCCACCAUAAAAUGUAUUAAAUGUCACUAUUGCAGGAGGAACUUUCAAUCCUUACCAAUGCUUGCAAUUUACUCUCACUGGUAAGAAAGAUACUAGAAUUUCUAAACAAACAGCUCUAUUAAUAUUUACAGAGAUAGAUAUUCCUCCCUUAUAUAUUUAGUUUGAUGAUCCAACCUAACUUUAGUAAGUUAAUAUCAAUGACAAUAUAUCUGCAACACUUCUUUAUGGUUCAAAUGUAUCCUCAGAUAUUCUCACAUACGCAGGCGCUGUUUUAUAUAACAAUAACGUUGUAGGAAUUAUAAAGUUCGACUAUUAUAAAGUCAAAUUGAGAAUUUGGGAUUAUUUUUCAAACUUGAAUUAAGAUAAUCUUAUUGUUUAAAUUAGAUUUACUGUUUAUAAUCCUGCUAAUAUAAUGCCAAGUUUAAGUGUUACCAAUUUCAACAUUAAUUUACCACCUUAAAAAUGUUCUUUUUCUGUAAGUCCUUUGAAUGGAAUAGCUCUUCAAACUAAAUUUACAAUUUUAUUCACUGGAUGUACUACAAGUAAUAAUCCUCUCACCUACUAAUUUUUUUAUUAUAACCAAAUCAGUGAUAAAGAAUCAGAGAUUUAAAAACCAUAAAAUAUUUUGAGAAGGUAAAUUUAAGAUUAAAGUAUAUCCCAUUAAAUAACAACUAUACUUCCAUCUGGAAAUUUAUUAAUAAUUGGUUAGGCUAUGGACUCAUAUUUAGCUGUUUUCAAUUCAACAAUAUAGCUAAAUGUUCUUCCUUAUUAAUAAAAUGAAUAAUUAUUGUUGAAUACUAUUGAUUAAUCUAUUAAAAAUAUAAAUACUUUGCCAGUAAAAAAUAGUAUCCUUGAUUUAUGUGUUAUAGCAGAAGAAAUAUCGAAAAGCAACAGUCUUUACACACUUGCAUCUGUAAAUUAAAGAAAGAUAAUAUUAAUAUCAACUAUAUUUAAUUUGUCUAAUUAAUUACCAAGCUCAUCAUUUUUAUCAACAUUCGCUAGCAAAGUUAUAUCAUAGCUCUAAUCAACUUUAAUGAAUUCUGAUGAUUAAUAAAAUUAAAAUGUUUUAAAUCAAAUAGACUCAGUUUUAUAAAAUCAGUAAUAACUUAUUGCUAAUAGUAUAAAUAACAAACUAUUGGCAAAUAAUGAUAUUGUUCUUCAAAAUAUAAUUGAUUCCUAUAAAAUUUUCAAUGCUACAACAAAGAGUGUUGAUACAAUAAAUACUUCUUACAAUAUUUUACAAUCUUAAAUGAAUGUAUCAGAUUAAAUUGGUAAUUUACUUAAUUCUAUAUCUCUUCCUAAUUCAGGACAAUUUUAGCUUUAAGGUAAUCUAAUUUCUUUGAAUUGUGAGAAAAUUACUUCUAAAAACCUUCAAAAAUACUUUUUUGAUGAUAAUUAAUCUCAGUAAAACGAUUAAAGUAUUUACAAUAUAGUUAUGACAAAUUAUUCUUAAAACCCUUAUGUGUAAACAAAUGGUUUUUAGAGCUAUGUGAAUUAGCUUAAAAAUAUCACUCCUGAUAUAUAAAUAUCAAUGAAUCCCGUAAUAAAGCCUUUAAUUCAAAAUAUUAGUAACAAAACAAAUUUAAACUAAAAUAAAACAUUCCAACUUUCUUUUCCUAACAUAUAAAAAUCUAAGUAUAAUCUUAGUUGUAUUCAAUAACAAGAUGCUUAAUCUAGUUGGUCAUCAAAGAAUUGCGAAAUUGUUAAUUCUAAACAGAUUGGAGGAUAUUAUUGCUUUUGCUAAGACUAAAAACCAACAACUAUCGCUGAGGAUUUAUAAAGUGUUUUAAACAAUAAAAAUCUACAAACAGCGUUUGGUUCUUAGGGGUUAUAUAAUAUAACUCAUUUCACAGAUUUUUAUGAAUACGCAAUCUUCUGGAUUUUAAGUUUUCUUACUUUAUUGCAAAUAGGACUGUGUUAUAUUGGUAAAACACUAGAUAAAAAGUAAUUUAAUAUCUAACAUGAAUCUUCAUAGCCACAUAUUAUCUAUCCACUACCCUAGUAGAUAAAAGAAGUUUAAUAAUAAUAAUAAUAAUAAUAAUCAUCAUCAUAAUCAUAAUCAUAAUAAUAAUAAUAAUCUAACUAAUAUUAAUAACAAUAAUCACCUUAAUUAUUUACAUAAUCACCAAUGCUCAAACAAAAUGUAGAAUAAUUGAUUUAAUAAGAUUUAAUUCUAGAUUAAUCAAAAGUGUAAAAUUAAUUAGAUAAAGAUACGAAUUAUAUAAUGAAUUGGAAUAUUCCUUAAGAUUCAAGAAAUAUAUUUUAUUCAAUAAAGCAAGCAUAAUAAUAAGCAGAACUAAAUAAAUAAAAUUCAGAAAAAAUAAAUUAUGAUAAAAUUAAUCAAAAUGUUUUUGAGAACAAUAGUAAUUAAAAGUUGUAGUAAAAUGAUUCUGAAAAUAAAUUAGAAACUUAAAAUAAUAAUUAAAAUCAAGAAAAUUUAAAUCAAAAUUAAUAUGAAGACUAAAUCAUAAAAGAAGAUAAAAUUAUUAAAGAAGAAGAUAAUAUAACCUUAAAAAUUAGAGAAAUAUAUUAAAAGCUACUCAAAGUAUCUUUUAUUAAAAGAAUCUUAGUUUUUCAUUAUUUCUUUAGCAUUUUCUUCAUACACGAUGAAUAACUCCCUAGGACUUUGAGAUUUACAAUUUUUUAUUUGAGAAUAGUGCAUUCCCUAAGCAUAUCAACAAUAUUUGAUUAGUAAUAUGAUGAAGUAUAGAUGAUCAUAGUUUCUAUUAUAAAUACUUUAAUUAUAGUCAUUAGUAUAAUAUUAAUUUAAACUUUGUAUAAGCUAAGAAAAGUAGGAAGAGUAAUUUCAUCAUUUAUUAUGUUAUCUUUACUUGCUCUUUACUACUACAUUUUAUUAGCAGUUAUUAGUGGUUAAUCCGAAGAAAACUCUAACAAAAAAAUAUCCUCAUUCUUUAUCAUGUUUGGAUUUGAUUUUUUUGUUAUUUCUGCUUUUAUUUCUUUUAUAAACAUUUUAGUGUUAACUUUAGUUGCUAAAUAAGUUCAAAACAAAUUAAUCUUAAAAAUUUAUUAUUUUUUAAAGAUUUAAGAUACAAUUUAAAGGUUAAUUUUAUGA